AUGCAUCGCACGUAUUCUAUGCGCCAGUCGCGUGCGCCAACUGCCUCGCAGAUCGAGAACCCUCCUCCGCCACCAUCGUCGACCAAGGGCGGUCGUCUAUUCGGCAGGAGCAACUUCGGUCAUGCAUUCCGCAAGGGCACAGCUGGUGCUUUCGGCCCAGAUCUGGCCAAGAAGCUAUCACAGCUCGUUAAGAUGGAGAAGAACGUGAUGCGCAGCAUGGAGCUCGUCGGCAGAGAGCGCAUGGAAGUCGCUCAACAACUCUCUCUGUGGGGCGAAGGCUGCGACGAUGAUGUCUCUGAUGUCACCGACAAGCUAGGUGUUCUUAUCUACGAGAUCGGUGAGCUCGAGGACCAGUUCGUCGAUCGCUACGACCAGUACCGCGUGACCAUCAAGUCCAUCCGCAACAUCGAGGCAUCUGUCCAGCCCAGCCGAGACCGCAAGCAGAAGAUCACCGACCAGAUCGCUCAGCUGAAGUACAAGGAGCCGAACUCUCCUCGCAUUGUCGUCCUCGAGCAGGAACUUGUCCGCGCCGAAGCCGAGUCACUGGUCGCCGAAGCUCAGCUUUCCAACAUUACCCGCGAGAAGCUCAAGGCUGCGUUCACCUACCAAUUCGAUGCUAUGCGCGAGCACUGCGAGAAGCUGGCCAUCAUUGCCGGCUUCGGUAAGCACUUGCUCGAAUUGGUCGACGACAACCCGGUUACUCCAGGCGAGACUCGUCCAGCUUACGACGGCUACGAGGCCAGCAAGGCCAUCAUUCAGGACUGUGAAGAUGCGCUUACCAAUUGGGUUGCCUCAUCCUCGGUUGUUAAGAGCAAAUUGUCUCAGCGUUCGCGCACUCUGAGCCAGCGGAGAAAGGAGUCUGCCCAGCGCAAUGCUGAGGGCGGCAUUGAUCUCAGUGGUCAGGACCAGCCACUCAAGAGCGAUCGUGACAGCUGGGUCCCUGCCGGGCAGCACGGUGAAUACGCUGGCGAGGACGUGUCCGACGAGGAAGAGGAAGAGGAAGAGACCGCGGCCACCAACGGCGAGAACAGAGGUAGGGCCGAGGCAACCGCCGCUUAG